AUCAUUUAUUUAGUCCUCAAAAAAAUGAACUGCUUUUAUUCAUUUAAGAAGCAAAAUUAAUUUCACCUUUUUUCCAUUGAGGUUUUUAAAAGUUCUGACAAAUUUGUAAUUUCUCCUCCUGUACAUUACACUCAUUAAUUCAUCACAGAGAUAAAUUCAAGCCACAAAAAAAUUCAAGCUGCCUGCACACUCCCCCUUUCACACAAUGUGGGCUCAUACAACGCGGUUUUGGUUCUUUUCUCAUUUUCGUGUAAUUUACUUCAUCCUCCCUUGGCCCUCCCACGAUCUUACUCCUUUCCCCAUUCAAGCAAGUCUCCAGUAGUAAACACAGUUUUCCAAGCAGUUUUCUUAAUUAAUCAGGUUGGGUAGACUAAGUAUAGCCCCGCCCCAUAGGCGGGGCCAUAGCGGCGGGCGGACCCCGAUGCCUGCUCUGGCUCCUUAACAAAUGAUUCCUUUACAAUCUUCAGCAGACAGACACAGACACACACACAGCGAGCCAAUCAACGGCCGCGGCCCUCGCGUCCGGAGCGGGGCUAGCCCCGCCCACUCCCAACCUCCCGCGGGGGCCGUCCGAGCCUCGCGGGCUCCCGCAGGCCCCGCCCCCUGGGCAGGCUCGGCGGUCAUUGGAUGGCGCUCAGCUCGCAGUCGCCGCGGUUGCUGGGAGAGGGAGGUGGGGGCGGGGCCCUCGGUGGUCCAAGGGGCCCGAGAGAAAGGCUGCUAGGCGCGGGCGGGCGCGCUGGGCGGAAUCGAGCGUCUCGGUGGCGGUUUGCCUGGCGGCCCGCGCGGCGGCGUCGCGGUGCGGGAACCGGUCCCGGUUGACAGCUCCGCGUCUUCCGGCCGCGCCACUCGGGAGGUGGCUUCCUCUCUGCGCUCCCUCCGCCAGUCCGCGCGGCCUCGGAGGAGAAGCGGGAGGCGGCGGCAGCGGAGGUCGUCGGGGGCGGCGGGCGGUGAGCGCGCUCCCGCUUCCCCGGCGGCGGCCGCAGGACAAUGGAGGUGGCUGUAGAGAAGGCGGCGGCUCCGGCCGGGGCCCCCGCAGCGGCGCCGCCGAGCGGGGAGAAUGAGGCCGAGAGCCGGCAGGGCCCGGACUCGGAGAGCGGCGGCGAGGCGUCCCGGCUCAACCUGUUGGACACUUGCGCCGUGUGCCACCAGAACAUCCAGAGCCGGGUGCCCAAGCUGCUGCCCUGCCUGCACUCAUUCUGCCAACGCUGCUUGCCCGCGCCCCAGCGCUACCUCAUGCUGACGGCGCCCGCGCUGGGCUCAGCAGAGACCCCUCCACCCGCACCCGUCCCCGUCCCCGCCCCCGCCCCGGGCUCUCCGGCCGGUGGUCCUUCGCCAUUCGCUACCCAAGUUGGAGUCAUUCGAUGCCCAGUUUGCAGCCAAGAGUGUGCUGAGAGACACAUCAUAGACAACUUUUUUGUGAAGGACACCACUGAGGUUCCCAGUAGUACAGUAGAAAAGUCUAAUCAGGUGUGUACGAGCUGUGAAGACAAUGCAGAAGCUAAUGGGUUUUGUGUAGAGUGUGUUGAAUGGCUCUGCAAGACAUGUAUUAGAGCUCACCAGAGGGUGAAGUUCACAAAAGACCACACAGUCAGGCAGAAAGAAGAAGUAUCUCCAGAGGCAGUUGGUGUAACCAGUCAGCGACCAGUGUUUUGUCCGUUCCACAAAAAAGAGCAGUUGAAACUUUACUGUGAAACAUGUGAUAAACUGACAUGUCGAGACUGCCAGCUGCUAGAACACAAAGAGCACAGAUACCAAUUUAUAGAGGAAGCUUUUCAGAAUCAAAAAGUGAUCAUAGAUACUCUAAUCACCAAACUGAUGGAAAAAACAAAAUAUAUAAAGUAUACUGGAAAUCAGAUUCAAAAUAGGAUAAUUGAAGUCAACCAAAACCAAAAGCAGGUGGAACAGGAUAUUAAAGUUGCCAUCUUCACAUUAAUGGUGGAGAUAAACAAAAAAGGGAAAGCUCUGCUGCACCAGCUUGAGAGUCUUGCAAAGGACCAUCGAAUGAAACUUAUGCAGCAACAGCAGGAAGUGGCUGGGCUUUCUAAGCAGUUAGAGCACGUCAUGCAUUUUUCUAAAUGGGCUGUUUCCAGUGGCAGCAGCACAGCCUUGCUAUACAGCAAGCGGCUGAUUACAUACAGGUUACGGCACCUUCUUCGUGCAAGGUGUGAUGCUUCUCCUGUGACCAACAACACCAUCCAGUUUCACUGUGAUCCUAGUUUCUGGGCUCAAAAUAUUAUCAACUUGGGUUCUUUAGUAAUCGAGGAUAAAGAGACCCAGCCACAAAUGCCUAAGCAGAAUCCUGUCGUGGAACAGAGUUCACAGCCACCAGGUGGUUUACCUUCCAACCAGUUAUCCAAGUUCCCAACACAGAUCAGCCUAGCUCAGUUACGACUCCAGCAUAUGCAGCAACAGCAUCCACCACCACGCUUGAUAAACUUUCAGAAUCAUAGCCCAAAGCCCAAUGGACCAGUUCUUCCUCCUUAUCCUCAGCAGCUGAGAUACCCACCAAGCCAGAAUAUACCACCACGGCAGACAAUAAAGCCCAACCCCCUGCAGAUGGCUUUUUUGGCUCAACAGGCCAUAAAACAGUGGCAGAUCAGCAGUGGACAGGCUCCGCCCACAACUGCCAGCAGCUCCUCCUCCACUCCUUCCAGUCCCACAAUCACAAGUGCAGCUGGGUAUGAUGGGAAAGCUUUUAGUUCACCCAUGAUUGAUCUGAGUGCACCAGUAGGAGGGUCUUACAACCUUCCUUCUCUUCCAGAUAUUGAUUGUUCAAGUACUAUCAUGUUGGACAAUAUUGCAAGGAAAGACACAAAUGUAGAUCACGGCCAGCCAAGACCUCCAUCAAACAGAACGGUGCAGUCACCAAAUUCGUCAGUGCCAUCUCCAGGCCUUGCAGGGCCUGUUACUAUGACUAGCGUCCAUCCCCCAAUACGUUCACCUAGUGCCUCCAGCGUUGGGAGCCGAGGAAGCUCUGGCUCUUCCAGCAAACCAGCAGGAGCUGACUCUACUCACAAGGUCCCAGUAGUCAUGUUGGAGCCAAUUAGAAUAAAACAAGAAAACAGUGGACCACCUGAAAAUUAUGAUUUUCCUGUUGUUAUAGUAAAACAAGAAUCAGAUGAAGACUCUAGACCUCAAAAUACUAACUAUCCAAGAAGCAUACUUACCUCCCUCCUCCUAAAUAGUAAUCAGAGCUCCGCUUCUGAGGAAACCGUAUUACGAUCUGAUGCGCCUGAUAGUACAGGAGAUCAACCUGGACUUCAUCAAGAAAAUUCCUCAAAUGGAAAGUCUGAGUGGCCGGAUGCCUCCCAGAAGUCCCCUGUGCAUGUCGGAGAGACAAGGAAGGAGGACGACCCCAAUGAAGACUGGUGUGCUGUUUGUCAAAAUGGUGGGGAACUCCUGUGCUGUGAGAAAUGUCCUAAAGUAUUCCAUCUUACAUGUCAUGUGCCCACAUUGACAAACUUCCCGAGUGGAGAAUGGAUUUGUACUUUCUGCCGAGACUUAUCUAAGCCAGAAGUUGAAUAUGAUUGUGAUGCUCCCAGUCACCACUCAGAUAAAAGGAAAAGUGAAGGCCUUACUAAAUUAACUCCAAUAGAUAAAAGGAAAUGUGAACGCCUGCUUCUGUUUCUUUACUGCCAUGAAAUGAGCCUGGCUUUCCAAGACCCUGUCCCUCUAACUGUGCCUGAUUAUUAUAAAAUAAUUAAAAACCCAAUGGACUUGUCAACCAUCAAGAAAAGACUUCAGGAGGAUUAUUGCAUGUAUACAAAGCCUGAAGAUUUUGUAGCUGAUUUUAGAUUGAUCUUUCAAAACUGUGCUGAAUUCAAUGAGCCUGAUUCUGAAGUAGCCAAUGCUGGUAUAAAACUUGAAAGCUAUUUUGAAGAACUUCUAAAGAAUCUUUAUCCAGAAAAAAGAUUUCCUAAGCUAGAAUUCAGGCCUGAAGCAGAAGACUGUAAGUUCAGUGACGACUCAGAUGAUGACUUUGUACAGCCCCGGAAGAAGCGCCUCAAGAGCUCGGAGGACCGCCAGCUGCUUAAGUAAAGCACUGCUGGCCCAGUGCACUAUUGUGCUAGAGAUUUUUUUUUUUUUUUUAAAUUAAAGAAAGCAAAAGCCUUGUCAGUGAUCUAAGAUCACAACAGAGCAGGGUUUGUGAGAUCUCUGGUCUGUUUUCUGUUUCCUGGACUGUGAUUUCUUUAAUAACCUAUUUCUUUAACCUCUUGUCAUUGAUAAUAAAAAGAAGAAGAAGAAGAAAGGAAAUGUGUAUAAGAAUAAAAGAAGAAAGAAAAAGUAGAAAAAGAAGAAACAGCAAAGAAGGAAAAGACAUUCUUCCCACUUGUUGGAUUUCCUACAGCAGCCUGGAGUAAGAGCUACAAUAGAGAGAAAUAGAGUUUGAAGUAAGUUGAGAUUUUAGUGUGACUUGGAUGUGUGCUAAUCCAUUUUUAGACGGUUACUUUCAUUACCCUUUAAUUAUGGCCAACUGUAAGGAGAUAGGUUUACUGUUCUUAAAAGAAGUCCUCCCCAAACGUGAGUGGGAAGCAGAGUUCUUUCCCAGGCUGCCUGCCAGAAAAGGUGUAGACAGAUGCUAUUAAGACACCAAAUAGUGUCCAUGUAAGAUGGCAAAUGCAUUAAAAAAAAAUCAGGAAACGAAAAUGUUUGGUUAUUGUUUUGUUUUAUCUUGUCAGAGAUGCUGGGCAUAGCAGGUCUUCAGGGCCAUUCUUUCAUGUAUUGCUAGAUCAGCCUUUUGUUCAGCUUCCUUGAGGGAAGUAAGUAUGAGUGUUACAUGUUGCUGUUUGAUCCGCCUCCCCCAACCCCCCACUCUACCCCUUACUUUGCAGAGCUGGUACAGCAAGACUAGUGGCUUUUCUUUCCUUGGGGGAGGCAGGUUGAGGUGGUUGGGUUUUUUGAGACAGUAUUUCUGUAGUCCUGGCUGUGCUGGAAUUCACUCUG